AUGGAAAUGUGUGAGCGGAAUCCUUUAAAUCCCGGCUAUGUUGGUUCUCUGUUAAAUUUUGCUCCCCCUGAGUCGUUGUAUUUCUCCAACUUGCGCGGUAAUGGAGCCCAUAUACCCGGGCUGCAUCAGCUCCCUUACAAUAGGAGAGAGGUGUGCACGCUCCCGUGGACUUCCUCAAGUUCGUGCGCGUCUGGGCCAGCGGCACCACCACAGAGCCGCGCCUUUGGAGGCUACUGUCCGCCGUUUUUGUCCAAUUCUGUAUCUUUAAACACAAACUCCUCGAGCGGCCACGUCAAGACACAUUUGGAGGAGUCUCCUCGAUGCUUUCAGGACACAAGCCAAAAGACAGAGGAGUCUGGCAGCCAAGAUGAAGUUUACGCCGGGGAUCACGGCGUCCGUUACUCAGCUCUGGACAACCGGUCUCACGGUUCUGCGGCACAGCUUGAUCCGGAUUCAGCAGGUCCACUGAACGUGAACGGCCCCAAACAGGAGGAGAAUCCCAUUCACACGUUAUCCAGUAACCCAUGCUCCAGGACGACUUUUGCUCAAGGUGCCCCGUGGUGCUCGUCGCAAGUGAAAACAAGAAAAAAGAGAAAGCCCUACUCGAAGCCGCAGCUAGCUGAACUUGAGAAUGAAUUUAUGAUGAACGAGUUCAUUAACAGACAGAAACGCAAGGAGCUGUCAGACAGACUUGACCUGAGCGACCAGCAGGUGAAAAUCUGGUUUCAGAAUCGGAGGAUGAAGAAGAAACGACUGAUGAUGCGCGAGCAAGCUUUCUCUGCAUACUGA